AUGGCCACCCGCUCGCAGCAACCGCCGCCGCCGCCGCCGAAAAAACCCCAAGCCCCAGCCUCAGGCACCACCAUAAGCUCCCUCGGCGACGACCUCCUCCUUCAGAUUUUCCUCCGCCUGCCCUCCCUCCCGAGCCUCGUCCGCGCCGCGCUCGCCUGCCGCUCCUUCCUCGCCGCCGUCCGCUCCUCCCUCGCCUUCUGCCGCCGCUUCGCCGCGCUCCGCCCGCCCCCUCUCCUUGGCUUCUUCUUCAACUAUGAUGGCGCUCAGAUGCCGUCGUUCAAGCCCAUUCGCCGCAGCUCGGACCCGGACCACGCCGCCGCCGUCCGCGGCGCCGACGUCUUCCUCACCCGCGUCCCCGGCCACAAUGACGCCUCCCCCGAGUGGCAGAUCGGCCGGGCCUGGUUGUGCCGUGGCGGCUUGCUCCUACUCCUCAAUCAGAGUACGGAGCAGAUGGCUGUCUACAACCCCCUCUCGCGGGCCCUGGAUCUCUUCCCCACGCCGCCCGACGGGUUGUCCGACGGUCGCCGCGGCAAGUGCGUCUACAUGGAUCCCUUCUUGCUCUCCUCUGACGGGAUCCCCGGAUCAUUCCGCGUGGUCACCGUCUGCCACGACAAGUCGCGGCUGCUCGCCGCCGUCUUCUCGUCGGUCACCAGGGCGUGGCAGGUUCUCCCCUGGUCCAAGCCCGGGCCGGCACAGCCGUCAGGCAAGAAGUGCUGGCUCCUCCAUGGCAGGCAGGUGAAUGGGAAAAUGUACUGGUCACAGAAGCAGGCCUACAAGGUGGUGCUGGACACGGCGACGCUGCAAUUCUCCUUCAUUGAUCUGCCGGAGCACUUGAAGGGGAAGGGCCACCUCUACAUGGCCGGGGAAGCCAAUGAUGGCAGGCCAUGUAUCGUCUCCGCAGCCGAUUUCACAUUGUCCAUUUGGUUCAGGAGAGCAGAUGCUGAUGGUGUUGAGAUGUGGAUGCUUGACAGUGUGAUCCCGUUGGAGGAAGAGGUUCUUCGGGCUACCAGUGGCUCACUGGAUGAUCAUGGUGACCUCAAAGUAUUAGCAAUUCUGGACGGCAUUGUCUACUUGUCAACCUUUGAAACAUUUAUAGAUGCUACUAUACCUUGCUGGUACCUAUUCUACUCCCUGGAAACAAGGAAGCUGGAAAAGAUCUUCCAUAAAAAAAGAGAUGGCCAUGAGCAUCCGUACAUCAUGGCGUGGCCUACUUUUCUUGUCAGUAACAAUGGGAGCCCUUGA